AUGAAUGCGAUUCUCGCUUUGAGUGGUGGUCAUCUUCUGUAUAAGCUGCCCAACAACCAGGAAAUCUAUCAUGCCACGCACCGGCACUAUUCAUCAGCCGUGCAGACCCUCUACCAAGUAUUCAGCGAUGGAAAAUCGCUGUCUGAGCCUUUUGCUCUGAUUCGACUGUCAUUAACUAUCUUGAUUCUUUUUCACUAUGAGGUUGUGUCUGGAAACAUAGACGGAUCCCCGUUUGCCCACCUCCGGGCCACUCGCCAACUGGUCCUUGAUUUGCGGAGUAAAUGCCGUGAAAGUAUGUCAGCGGCCGAAAAGAAGUUAUACGGGUUCAUUAUCGAGGUCUAUUCAUACGUUGUCCUGUGCAACAGCAUCACUCCAUUCAAUAUGAAUCGCAACAGGACUCUUAUUUAUGACACUUUUUUACAAAACCUUGACGACUUGCAAGAUUUUGGCGCAUUCGGCGUCAUGUUCAGUGGUGGUCAUCACUUCUUCGAACUCAUAUCCUCGAUAUCUCUCUUUGCUGCUCGAGAUUUAAACACAGACCGCAAUGAGGAAUACAGGCAGCUCAAAGUCAGAAUUGACGCUUUGAGACCCCCGGUCCCCGAAGAGCCCGAAACUCAAUUACACCCUGAGUGCAAUGCAACAUUGGAGGUGUGCCGUAUAGCCUUACUGGCAUUUCUAGAAACCGCUGCUUCGCCGUUUUCUAAAUAUGACACCCUUCGUAUACAGCAUCUACAACCCCUACUUGAUGUGGCAGUACUGAAUCUACCUCUGAUUCUGCCAUCCAAUUACUCGUGCAUUAUAAUGUGGCCAGUUAUGAUCAUUGGCUCGUGUCUGAUAGAAGAAGAACAACGGGGCGUUAUUUCACAUAUGCUCCUUCAUAACCAAUAUGGAAUGAAGAACACGGUUCAAGCAAGCAUGCUACUCGAAUCACUUUGGAAAGACCCUGAUGAGCAUGCAUUUGGGCCAUACGGCCUAGGGAUUAUGAUGAACAGACAUAACUUGGAUUACGGGGUUAUUUGA